GGGUUGAGGCUUGCUGUCAGGCUAGCUUCUUUGGGCUAGUAGCAACUUGGUUUGUUUUUCCUGUCAAACUUUUGAAUUGACUGUGUUUUUAAAGAAAUAGCACGGUACUUUUCUGUGGACAGUCCGAUACUGACUUAAUUAUUCAACCAUGCUACAAUUCCUGGCUGGCUUCACUCUGGGUAACGUUGUUGGGAUGUACCUUGCUCAAAACUAUGAUAUCCCCAACAUAGCUAAGAAAAUUGAGGCUUUCAAGAAAGACGUGGAGGCCAAGAAGAAGCCCCCAGAGUGAGCCAAGAACAGACCAACAAUGCAGAGAGAAACUAUUUAUUUUAGUUUUGGUAUGAAGAGUGUACAUUUUGGUGGAAGGACAGAUUGUUUAUACGUUUGAAAAUGUCAGCAGUGCCUAAAACACCAUUUAUUUAUCCCUUUGUAUAGGCAUGUUUAAUUGUAGCCUAUUUUUGUAAGAUAGUAAAAUAGUAUUAAGACUGGAUUUUAAAACUGUUACAACUUACUUGUGGGAUCACAUUGUCCAAUAGUGCCAUGACAGACAUUGCAGAAUUGAUCGUGACACUGUUGAUAGGCCUUUUGUGUGAUGCAUUGUGGUGUUUAUCCUUACUUCACAUUCAUUAUCUCCACAUUUAUGUGGACGUCAUGAGACCGAGUGUGCAUUUGCUCCUGUGUUGAAUUCCAUUGAGAUAAGACAUUCUUUAACAAGCUUUUGAGCUGUCAGAACAUCAGCCUUUUUAUGGAGGUGCAAACAAAAUGUUAAAUCAGUUUAGCUUACAAUAAAGUUGAUGAUAAAGAAAUUUUAAGUUGUCAUGAAUUUAGUAACAUUUUAUUGCUAAUUUGCACUACACUAGUUCCAGCUCUCAAAACCUUCAAAUUUCAAAUGUGUUAUUACAAAUCUGUCCACUAGACAGCACUACUGACAAUGCAUUUAAAUACAGCAUUCAUUUUAAGCUAAUAAUAAAAGUCUGUUAGCUUUGGCAAA